AUGGUGUUAGAUAUAUUAAUUUUAUUAGUUCUCAGCGUGUCUGAGGUAUGGCUACGUUCACAACAACCGGUAAGUGAGCGAUUGUGGCGUGAGCGCUGCUCUAAACAUGACCUCGCCCUUAACGACUGCAAUUGGUGCCGUUGUGGCAGUAACCGGCAGUACGUCUGCUCUGCACGGGUCUGCUCAACAGUCGACAUGUUCGGACACUUUAAUGAUGCGAUUCAAUCCAUGGAUGUAGGCAUGCAAGGUCAUGGUGUCUGGCGCUCCAAAGGCACUGCCUGUGAGCCACGGGUACACUAUCAGAAGAACGAACUACUUUGUGUGUGCAAUGAGGACGGAAAAUGGCCGAACGCUGUCUGCCGAGACGUUUUCCAAGUUCUCCAUACCGUAAUUCCAACGAAAUAUACUUACGCUAAUAACCAGUCCUGUGUUCCUGGAAAUCUCUACCAAAUAGAUUGUAACGUUUGCCUUUGUGGAUCAAAGGCACAAAUCGACCCACAUGCAUGCACUAAAAGAAAUUGCGCUAAUGAUAUUUCUGUAACUGUAAAAGAUACGAAUGAUUCCAAUAAUUACGCAGUGGAUGAGAUCUAUGCAGUCUGCGAACGAGCAAAAACUUACCAAAUAGGCUGUAAAACUUGUAUCUGUUUACCAAACAACAGACUCCUUUGUGACAACUGCACCUCAAUAAACAAUGUUCCAAACAAAGUUCAACUAAAAGGAAACAAUAACGUCAAUAUUUGUUCUAAUAAAACACCCGGCAAGUAUUUCAGAAAAGACUGCAACAUUUGCUACUGUGACAAAAAAGAUGUACUAUACUGUACAGUUUUGAAAUGUUUAGAAAACGGUAAUGAUAAAAUAUCAGUACCUUCGACCGAAUUUGAAAGAGUAGAGCCCCCGGCAGACGACAACGAUUGCGUACCAGGUACAACUUAUAAAAGAGACUGCAACACUUGUCAUUGUUUCAAGUUUAAUAGUGCUAAAUACUUUGGGUGUACGUUGAAAACGUGUGCCGGAAGUAAAUCAGUCCGAAGUGAAGAUGGUUGUGUCGAAGGGACGAAAUACGAAAAGAAUUGUUUGAUUUGCGUCUGUGUAAAAGAAGAAGAUGAAGUAAAAGAAAUCUGCACUUUCAAUGAAGAGUGCAAAAUAGAAAAUAAACAUUCGAGAACAAGAGAAGAUGAAACCUCCUUAGAUCUUUUGCAUGGGUACUGCGAACCUUUACAUGUUUAUAAACAAGACUGUAACAAAUGCAGAUGUCUGUCCGAUGGUAAGACGGUGGCUUGUACAUCAAAAAUAUGUUUGCAGAAACAAGAGAUUCCUAAACCAAUGGUAGUAGAAUUUAUUCCAUUCAUUCAAAAGGGCAACGUGUGCCCAGAAGGGCACAGGUCAAUUAUCGAAAAUAUGAAGCUCAGAAGAUAG